CGUCAUGACGUCAUCACGACCCGCGCCGGAGGAAGAUAAACAAAAAGGGACGGAAGGACGCGUCGCGGCAAAACAAACCGGUUCAAAUUAUAAUCAUAAGGAACAUAUUUAUUAAUAUAAAAUCAUAUUUAUCAUCUGAACUAGCAUGGAGGAGGACAUCGCGUUCCGCAUCAGCGCCUUCUCCGCCCGGGGCGGGAGGCGCUACAUGGAGGACGUGUUCCAGGUGAGGGUCGAACCGGAGGAGCCCCCCGGGUCUCGGGGUGUGGAGGACCCCCCGGGUUCCGGGAUCGGAGAGGACCCCCCAGGGUCCCGGACCGGAGGGGACCCGGUAGUGCAGGACCCUGAACCAGAGGACCAGGAAGGAGGUGGGAAGCAGCCCAUGACAGUAGGUCCACCACACCGGACUUCUCCGCAAACCGCGCAAACGCCCCUUGGGCCGGUGUCCGCCGUGUGGGUGGAGAACACCUCCACGGGGGGCCAGGGACCUGAGACCCCCUCCACGGGGGGCACCGCACACACCACGGUCCACACGAGCCGGUCCGUGGCGUUCUUCGCGGUGUUUGACGGCCACGGGGGGCAGGAGGCGGCGCACUUCGCCCGGGACCACCUCUGGGACCUCCUGAGGACCCAGAGGGGCUUCUGGUCCCUGGACAACGAGGAGGUCUGCGCCGCCCUACGUAAAGGAUUCAUCGCCUGCCACCACGCCAUGUGGAAAAAACUGCCGGAGUGGCCCAAGACCCCCACAGGCCUGCCCAGCACCUCAGGAACCACGGCCAGCGUGGUGGUGAUCCGGGGGACCCAGAUGUACGUGGCGCACGUGGGCGACUCUGCGGUGGUGGUGGGGGAGCGGGACGAGGACUCGGACGUCCGGCUGAAGGCGCUGGAGGUGACGCAGGAUCACAAGCCGGAGGUCCCGGAGGAGCGGGAGCGGAUCGAGAGGCUGGGGGGCAGUGUGAUGAAGAAGUCUGGGGUGAACCGGGUCGUGUGGAAGAGACCCCGUCUGACCCACAACGGACCGGUCCGCCGGAGUACGGUCAUAGACCAGAUCCCCUUCCUCGCGGUCGCCCGGGCCCUCGGAGACCUCUGGAGCUACGACUUCUACAGCGGGGAGUUCGUGGUCUCCCCCGAGCCCGACACGGCCGUGGUGACCCUUGACCCCACGCGCCACCGCUACGUCAUCCUGGGCAGCGACGGCCUGUGGAACAUGAUGUCCCCCAAGGACGCCGUCAACAUGUGCUACAGCCACGACAAGAUGGUGGGCCCCAGGGGCCAGUCGUGCGCGGCGCGGCUGGGCCGCACGGCGCUGGUGUUCUGGAAGCAGAGGAUGCUGCGGGCAGACAACAUGACGGUGCUGGUGCUGGCCCUCCAGGAGCGCGGUGGGGCCCCCCUGCCCAUGCACCAGGACGAGGUGGUGCUGGACCUGGCCGCGGGGGCCCGCAACGGCCCCUACCCCGGCUCGCCCCCCGCCAGCGGCUGUAAAGACAGACAGAACUCUUGGCUGAAGGGCCAGCAGACGGAGGAGGAGGAGGAAGCCAUGUUCUUUGAGGAAGAGGAGGAUAUUUGUGGUGAUGGACACAAUGAAGAUUGGACAUGUCUGGAGUGGUAGCCAGGUAACGCAACAAAGAGGCUUUUUAAAAGACCGCUAACUGAUGUAUGAUCAACGGAAAUUAUUUUUAAAAGACAAAUUACUUUCCUUGCUUUUUUUUUUUUGGGAGCUUAUCAGAAAAAUAUUUCUAAAUUAUUAUUUUUCGGCCUUCUUGCCUCAUGGACCGGUUCGAAGACCACUCACAAAGGUUCACUUUUAUUUUUUAAUUUUUGGAUAAAGAUUUUAUUAUUUUUGCUAACCAUGGUGAUGGUUUAUCUCUUCUUUUAAUUCCGUUCCUGAAACACAGUUCGUAUCAAAUGAAACGUUAAUCUCUAAAGCACAGUCGACAGUCGACCUCGUUCUCUUGAACUAUCGAGGUCGAAGGUCAACCUCCCGUCUCUGUUUACUGGGGCGGAGGCAGCGCUCUGAUUGGCCGGCCUGAACAUUCCUCUUCAUCAUGUGGACUGUGCUGCUGAACCGUUAAUUCGUUUUUGUGUACCUUUUUUAAUUUUUGUUUUAAUUGUUUUGUAGAUAUGCAAGAAUUUUGCCUUUUAGCUUUCUAAAAAUACUUUUUAAACAGAUUUUUUUUUUGACAGCCUCAUGCUCACAUAAUUGCCAACACACAAGUAAAGCCCUACCUUUUAAAUGUUUACAUGUUUUUGUAAUGAAAUGUCUAGAAAGUCAUCUUAUCUAUUUUCAUACUUAGAAUCAUGUGCAGCCUAUCUGAAAAGACGCAGUGGUUUAAAAAACGUUUAAUCCGAGUUUAAUGUAGCCCACUUAUAAGUGUAAACAUCAUUGAAUAUAGUACAACUAUAAUUUUACAUCUGUUGGUUGUGUUUCCGUUUUUUUACUCUUAAGGUGCGAAUAUUCGCCUUGCGCUACCUGCGCGAGCAAACUUUACACGAGUGAUUCAGCAUCGAGCGAAAUUAAGUUCAGUUGAAAUAUUUCAACCCCAGCGAAAGCUGCGUGAACAAGGUCGAACCAUUUCUCUCACUAGUCCUUUUUCCAUCAGAUUUUCAAGCGAAUUAACUCUUAAAGCGAAUUAAUUUGUAGCGACAUAAGAAGCGCCUAAACGGUUUUCCAUAGACAGAAUGAUUAUAGCGAAUUAAAAUUGUGUCACAAUGCCCCGUGUUGAAGCGCAUUUUUCUGACCCGCUAGAUGAUUUUCCAUCAACAAUGCGCAUGCGCGACAUUCUAUAUCGCUUCAGCCGUUUUCCAUUACUUUUAUGUCGCUAGAACUUUCCCAAAACCACCUCUGCAGAGCGAAUUAACUUAGUGCGACAAAAUCGGCGUUAGAGCGAUAUAACCCUUUUUCCAUCACAUAUGUCCCACUAACUUUUGAUGCGCAUCAUUUUAAAGCGCAUUAUCUUUUUGAUGGAAAAAGGACUACUGACUAUUUAAUUUCUCAGCUAAGCUUUACAUUGGUUUUGUGUUGUCAGAUGAACCUGACGCAUAAAGUUGGGGGAAUGAUGAUUUGCGAACCAUCAGGUGAACGCUAUUGUCUGGUCUGUUCUGGAUGGUACAGACCCUAAAGGUCUCUUCAGCUUUGUCUAGGUAUUUCCUGUGUAAUAAAGGUGCUAUAGGUGAUGUUUUAAAGAAGUGCAACAUGAAUCUAUUUUGUAUAAAGGACGUAACCGUCAGCUACGAGUGAAACGGUCUGUGAGAAGAUCUGUUUUGGUUGGCUGAGCGCCUGACCAAUGAGGACAUCUCUUCGCUGAUUGGUCUGGAGAUCUACCACGCCUGUCAAUCACAGCUGUAGGAAGACCUCCCAAUGGGAGGAGGAGAGAGGAUUUUUUUGUUACAUUUCACAUUCUUGCUUUCUUGCCUUUUUCUGCGCCGUCUUUACCACUCUGUAAUCGUACCGGCAGCAGUUAUUUAUUUUGUUCAGUUGUUGGAUGAAUCUGUGAAAUGGGCUGUGUAAUACGUCUCUCGUCCUGGUCAGCAUAAAGGUGUGUUGUGCCAUUCGUCUUCCACAGAGUCUGCCUUCACCAAUGUUCUCUUUAAAUAGGAGUCUAUUGUCAUGGAGGAACACCAUAAUUCUGCCAUCUUUAUGCGGGGGCAGCCUCGGUUGCCAUGGUUUCCAUAAAAAAAGUUAGAAGCAGUUGAGACAUUAUGCACAAACAAUGUUUCAAAACAUCGUGUUCCUGAACCAUGGGGUUUUAUGUCCGGUCUUUUGUGUGUUGCCAAAGUUUUGAAGGUCUUGUUUGCACAGUACGUAAUUAUGCAACAGUUUUACAUGAAUAUGCAACCAGCUACAAGUCAUUCGGGCAUGCCGCUUCGAUCGACUUUUAUUGUGCCGUCAUUGUGAACCGUCAGUCAUUGUCUGUGUUUCUCUGUCAACUGUUCCUGGUCCUGGGGUUGAGGCGGUGGCUGGCUGGCUUUGUUGAACUGUAUUAGGUGUCUGACUUGAACGUGUGUGGAUAUGGUGUGGUAAUAAAUAUAUUAUAAUUUCUAAA